AUGUCCAUGGCCAUCCACUCACUCCUCUCUCGAGACGCCCCCUCCAACGCCACAGCAACUCUCGAUUCAUUCUCAGAAGAAAUCAAGUGCUACAACCUUCCUUAUGGCAUCCUAGGCUUCAUAUCGCACGUCCUCACCUACUACACCAUCGUCUGCCUCUGGUUCGGCAGGAAGCCUCUCUGGCCGUUCUCCCGGGUAUCUUAUUCACGAUUCGACCUGGCACUCGGAGGCAUCGGGCUGCUCGUAUCAACACUCCUCUCGAUCGUCACUAUCAUCCGGUGCAGGGAGGCAUGGCAGCUCCUCGUCAUCGCCAUCUGGAAGAUGAGCAUGUCCUUGUUGAACGGUGUUACGGCGGUCCAUGUGGCAAUCUUGUUCACAAUGAAGAAGAUUAGGUUGAAGAGGGAGAGGAAGAAGAGGCCUGGGGCGAGCAGAGAAGCAUCGGAAGACAGUGCUGUAACGGUGGUAUCCAAAGACGCGACUGGGGAACAAAGCGCGGUGGAGGAAAAGGAUGAAGAGGCAGCGAAGGAUGGAAAAGGCGAAGAUGAGAAGGAUGGGGAUAGUGCACCUGGACAGGAGAGCGAAACACCUAUAUCCGUCGCUAUUGACCCAUUGAAGUGGGUGGCCUGGUGGAUCCUAUUAUACAUUCCUGGCAUGUUCGCUGGAAUUGUCGGGUUGAUGGCGCUUGUUGUAAAGGCCAGAGAUCAUGCUGGUGUUCGCAAGCUAACGGCCGGAUUCUACACCAUCGUUGGAGCCGGUGCUCUCGUGGUCGGACUGGGGAUCGUUUGUCGACUGCGCAAGCAGAAUGACCUCGGUCAGCCUGAGAGAGCCAAACGGAUCAUAGUUGGAGGCCUCGUAUGGAUUGUGGGGUCGUUCAGCAUCCUCGCAGUGUUCUACUCGGAUUGGGCAUUGGGGAUGAUGGCAGGCAACCUGUCUGGUCUUCCAAGCGGUGACAAUUCUGCGCUGUACUGGACCUACUGGAUUUCCAAACGAUUGCCUAUGUUCAGCCUCUAA